AUGAAUGAAAAAGCACCGCAGUUGCCUGUGAUACUCUCAUCGCAGCGGCAGGACAACCACUUGUUCGGCCAAGACUCUGAGGUUGCGGAGGGGGCAACUGAGAAGAUGAUCUCAGGUCUAGGUAUCCUCAUCGGAUUCUCCUGGGAGCAGAGCUUCGACACGGCAGUCGAUGUCGUGGCAGAGGGGCUCAGGGAGGACUGUCCACCCCUCAUAUCCAAGAUGAUUAUGUCCGUCAUACUAGUCUUGAUCGUAUUCCCAGCCUGGCGGAUCUACAUUCUGCCAAUGGAAAUGGAGCUCUCGGAGGAAAUGACAGAAGAAGGUGCUCAGAAGGCUGUACUGAAGCAGUAUGCGCAGCAGCAUUUCGACUUGUUUCUGGAAAAAGAGAGGAAUGAGGAUGACUUGGACAGAGCGCACCUUCUUAUGAAGAGGCACAGAAGGACUGCACAUGGUCUCCAGCACCCAGGUCAUGGUGUCCCUUCCGGCCUGAAGCACCUCAUGGUGACAUCAUCUGGGAUCGAGGAGGUGGAUGCGCCAGAAGAACACCACCGACACGAAAAGCAUGGUGUUCGCAGCUCAGUUGUGUUGGCCUCGCAGCUGUCAGAUGCACCGUGUUGA